AGCAUUAUACGGAUUCACGACACCCGAAUAUAUGUGUACGAGCGAUGAUCUAACUUCCGGUUUUUUCCUACACUGGAAAUCUCCAAGUGGCAUUAAUAAACGUUGUAUCGUAGCUCAUUAUCAACGUUAACAUGUCUGGAGGAUAUGAUGCAUUAGCCCUCAAAGAGGAUGAUGUUACUAAAAUGUUGUGUGCCCACACCCAUUCAGGCUCUGUCAAUGUUAAUUACCAAAUGGAACAGUAUGUUUUCAAGAAGCGUGUUGAUGGUGUUUCAGUGAACAUUAUCAAUUUGCGUCGUACAUGGGAGAAACUUUUGCUUGCUGCUCGUGCUGUUUGUGCUAUUGAACAUCCAAGCGAGGUUUUUGUCAUUAGCUGUAGACCAUAUGGUCAGCGUGCUGUUCUGAAGUUUGCAGCACACACUGGUGCCACUCCCAUUGCUGGACGUUUUACUCCUGGUGCAUUUACUAAUCAGAUUCAGGCUGCCUUCAGAGAGCCAAGGUUGCUUAUUGUCACCGACCCAGCCACUGACCAUCAGCCUAUCACUGAAGCCAGUUAUGUCAACAUCCCAGUCAUUGCUUUCUGCAACACUGACUCGCCUCUGCGUUUCGUUGACAUCGCCAUCCCAUGCAACAACAAGGGUUUCCACAGUGUUGGUCUUAUGUGGUGGUUGCUUGCCCGUGAGGUACUUCGUCUUCGUGGGUCCAUUCCGCGUGAGAUCAAAUGGGACGUAGUCGUCGAUCUUUUCUUCUACAGAGACCCUGAAGAGGCUGACAAGGAAGAAUUGGCAGCUAAGGAAUUGGCUCCAGUUGUCAAAGAGUAUGUUCCAACGGAGGCAGUUGUUCCAACUGAGACAUGGACUACUGAUGCCGACCCAAAUACACCAGCCGCAGAUAACUGGGCCGAUGAUGUUCCCGCUAAUGCACCAGCUGCCGCUGUUGGCGCUCCUGCCGCUGCUGUACCUGCUAGCGCACCACCUGCACCUUUUGCUGCUAACACCGACUGGGGCACACCUCAAGAAGACUGGUCGGCAGCUACACCAGCUGUUGACCACAUUCCGACCCAGAGCUGGGGUGGUACCACCAACGGCAACUGGUAAACGGUUUCGCAAUCAACACUUAAGAAAUAUGACUACGGUCGCCUUUUAUACAUGAGUUUUGUAAUAAAGGCAACUCUUUCUCUAAAA